AUGAGCAGUUUGAGAGUUCCUCUAAUUCGCCCUCGGGUGCCAAACUUAUUUAUUCAAAGCUCAUCAAGGCUGGUCAAUGUACGCAAUGUGGGCUACGUCAACAGCCAAGUAUCAAGUCAUCCUCUGGGAUAUACAAAGCGAUCAUACUCAUCCCAGCCAAAUGAGAACAAUCACAUUUCCUUCCAACCUGGAAACCGACUUGCCGGCCGAAAAUGCAUGAUUACCGGUGGGACAUCCGGCAUCGGCUUUGCCAUUGCCGAACGAUUUCUGCAAGAAGGCGCAUCGACCAUAGUCCUCGUCGGCCGAUCUCAAACACGCCUAGGGGACGCAGCCACAAAACUCGAGUCUCUCGCAGUUACACUACCAGAACUUGGUGAAAGCAAUGAUGAAGUCGCGACUCGCGCCCCAGAAGAAGACAACCAGCAAAGCGCGCAAGGAAGGAUCCGUCUACUUGUCGGAGACGUAUCAAAUGCCGGGUCAUGGAUGCGGGAACUCGAAAAGGAAAUGGUAUGCUACCUCAUUUAUCUCGACGAAUACUUUAUCCUAACCAUCAUCCAGGCAAAUGUGGACAUACUAGUAAACGCAGCAGGAAUUUCGAUAUCAAACAUUCUGCCAAGAUCCGAGCUAGAAGAUAUCUCCACAAUUCUACGCACUAAUCUCGAAGGCGCAAUUCUCACUUCGCGCGCUUUAAUGCGUGCCUCUAUCCGCAGCCGGAUUCGGAAUCGGAGUGAUCCAGCUGCGGGGACCAAACCCCCGUCGAAAUGCAUCAUUAACGUCUCCUCUUUACUCGCGCUCAAAGGUGGAACUGGCGCAGUUCCGUACGCUGCUUCCAAGGCCGGCCUUCUCGGUCUGACACGGUCAUUGGCUGUUGAGGCAUCAGCUUCGAUGAAAGAUAUUGUGAUUCGGUCAAAUGCUAUUGUGCCGGGGUAUAUUGAAACACCUAUGGUUGCAGACUUCACACCCGGGGAAAAGAGCAGGCUGAAAGAUCUCAUUCCUCUUCAUCGAUUUGGAGAUCCACGUGAGAUUGCUGAUGCAGCUGUGUUCUUGGCACAGAAUGAAUAUGCCAACAACUGUGUGCUCAAUCUUGAUGGCGGAUUGAGCGCUGUUUGA